AUGGAAGAAUAUCAGGAACAAUCUAACUCAUUUUCGUCGGAAAAUGGAGCUUUGAGUGUCGCCAUUAGCAUUGAAGAUGAAGGUGGGGAAGACGAGCAAUUUUACGAGAAAAUCGAAGCCCCAAAGUUCGUUGAUUUCACUGCCCCUGAUCAUUACUGCCCAGAUGAUCGCUACUGGUUCUGCCUUCGUGUUGGAUGUGAUCAAAAGCACGAGGAGGAAAUGGAUUCCGAAGCAAUCUACUCGAACUUUGUUCUUCGGGUAAUGGCAGCAAGGAGCCCCAAUGUAAAACUUCGAAGAACACUACUCAAUGGAAAUGCUUCGAGAACCCCUAUAAAAUGUCCGCGUUCAGCUCCUCCAAAAUCUUCAAAGUCUAGAUUAUCAUCAAGAUUAGCAGUGGUUUCAUCAAUUCCUCAAAAGAUGGUUAAUGACAAAUCAAAAGUUGUUAGGCCUCUUCUGAAGCCUGAGUCCACUCCAAGGAACAAGACGAAGCCAGUUGCUGCCAGGUAUCUUACAACUCCUAGGAACAAAAAAUGCCUCCCAAAUUCUAAUUCUUUUCGUAGUGUUCAGAAUCAGAAACCAACCACUAUUGAAAUCUCAAAAAGCCGCUCGGUUGCAAAGACUCUGGUGUUUCACUCUCCCAAGAAAGCCGUCAAGGUAAAGACUUCUAUGGAAUUGCGUACACCCAUAACAAAAUUACGUGAAGGAAUGAAAAGGCUUGAAAUCACUAGUCAGAAGAAACAUUUCUUAGGGUAUUCCAGCAAAUCUGUGAAGAAUUUGGAUAACAAUUAUAGUUGUUCAAGAAGACUGUUGAAGGGGAGCAAGGUUCAAAGAACGGCUGGGGAACAAUUACGUUCUCAAGCUUGUAUCAGGCAGGAUACCAAGUCUGUAAGAUCUGUGGAAAGUAAGAGCAAAGGAAAAUUGUCAAGACAACAAUGUGUCUCGAAAAAAUUGGGGGGAAAUGGCCCUGGUGAUUUGGAUAUUGAUGUAAAAUUGGGAGCUGAAGCUAUUUCAAAAAUCAGAAUGUGUAAUUUCGAAGAUGCUUCAAGAAGGGAAGCAAACUGUUCGCCCAAUGAAGAAGAGAGGAGAUUAGAAGGAAGUACUAACCCGAUUUCUGAAGAACCAAACAGACAGGAGAAUGAUACCAGUAAUGCCAAUGAACUGAAUGAUAAACUGAAAUUGGGUUCAAAAAAUAGUGGAAACUGUAAAGACUUCGUCCCAGUUGGGGCCGAGUACAAUCCUUCUACGCAAGAGAACGAACCAAUGGACAGUGAUGACAAAGAAAACGCCGUGGGCUUUGAUGAGAACAGAGGUGACAAUCAUAGUCAGAAGCAGAAUGGGAAAAAAAUCCUUGGCAUGCAGUACACAUCUGGAAAAAUUAAAAAGGUUUCUCAAGCACGGGAAAAUUUGCAGCAGGAUAAUGUUGCCCCUGUGUUGAAGUUCCAGAAACCAAAGCCAACAACCCCAAAACCUUUUAGGCUAAGAACUGAUGAAAGAAGGAUGCACAAGGAGGAAGCUAACUUUGAGAGGAAAAUGAAUUUUCAAUCUCAUCAGAGUGCAAGUGCAGUUUCAACACUUUCAGCUGGAAAUCAGCAGAUAAAGGAAGUAAACAAUAUUCAAAAAGAGAGCAAGAUGAUAGUUGUUCAAGAGCUUUUACAAGGGCAAGAGAGAGUGGAAACAGCAUCCACUGCAACGCCUCAAAGGUCUCGUGAUCCAAGACACCAGGAGUCAACACCUACCACAUCCCCUCUGCAAAGUAAUGCGAUUCAAAGGUUAGAGAAGUUCAGGAAAAUGAGAUCCACUCUGCAGCAACACUCUAUUCGGCCUCAGGGGUUUGAUUCAACAAGGAAGGAAAUGCCUUACUUGAUUCCUGGACAAAAAAUGGAAGUGAAACAUGUCGGAUUUCCACACCAAGAAAAGAGAGGAAACUUGAGAUGCAAUCUGAUUGCAGGGCGAAAGGAGGGGGCGCCUGGAUUUGAAGUUGCCAUAUUGGGCGCUGCUGGAGGCAUUGGGCAACCCCUUGCAAUGUUAAAUGUAAAUAAUCCACUAAUCUCGGUAUUCAUCAUUAUGACAUGGGUCCCGUAUCGGUAUCAGAGCUGA